UCUGAUCGAAUUGCAGGACAGCAAAGACGACAAAGAGGAAGAAGACGAUGGCCCAAUGAGAUAGGCAACAUGCACAGCGCUACGUUUGUGAUGAUGGCAUCCGGAAUUUGGGCGAUUCUCAACGCCGUCAUUAUGAAGGAAACUCUGUCGUAUAUUAGUGCUAAGGAAUUCCCCCAAGCACCUAUCUUCAACAUCGCCAGCGCCGCUGUUACCGCACUGAGCCUCUGUAGUGACCUCUUUCUUCUCAUGUCUACUGGGACUAAAGCCGGAAAGCCGAUGGGGACUAGCUUCACACUGAAAAAUACCCUAAAGAUGAUGCCAUGGGCACUCGCCAUCAAAGUGUUCGUCAUCACUUUCGACUUCUUCACGGUACCUAUGUACUAUUACAAUUGCUACCUAGACUGCAUCAGGAAAUUAGGCAAAGCAAAGCAUUUGCUAUACUGGAGAAUGGAACGACUGAAGUGGCAAAACUUUCUUAUGGGAGAUUGUCCAAGAGACACCGAGCAGGACGGGAUACGUUGGUUACUGUUCAUGGUAUCGGUAACUGCUAUGAUGACCAUCUUUAAGGUGUUUAUAUUGUAUUUUAUACACGACUUCUACGAGGGCGUUAAGCAGCAAGGAACACUGGACUCCAAUGGGCUCCUGAAUGCUGAUGACAUGCAGCGACAGAGCAUGCAAACAGCCAAACAGGUGAUGCCAACCUCCUGCCCAACCUGCGGCAUUAAGGCACCAGGAGUUCCGACGCAGUGCUUGCACCCAACCAGCGGCAUGUUGGCUCCAGGAACUACAACGCAGGGCUUGUAGCCAACCGCUGCUAUAUAUGUAGCUGUUAUGGAAUAGCUCCUCCAGCUUACACUGUGACUCUGCUGAGUGUUCCGCGCAGGCCUGGGACUUCUUUAUAUUACCAUGUAAGAAGUAAAGAAUUUCACUGAAAAUUAUACGAAUAAACAUUACUUUGCGAAUACAUUAA